GACUGGAGAGUUUACAACUUGGAGAAGUAGGAAUUCUCUCUGUAGUUCUGCUUCUCUAGAAUGCCUGCCGAAUGGGUUGGACGGGCUAAUGGAAUGAUGCCCUCAGCCCAGAUCUAGACUCUCAACUGAGGAAGAAUCAGAAAUUGGUGAAAGAAGGUCUAAAUGCUAAUGCUGUAUUGAACAGAACAGAAUCUCUUCAUCGAUUGAUAGAGGCUGCGUUCCCAAAUUAGGUAGACUCUCUGGGUCACUGGUACAGGAACCAGCUCCUCGCCGUGGGACCAAAAAGACAGACCUUGUGGAGAAACCUCAAUAAAGCAUUUCUAGGAUAUUCCGGAUCAACUAUAGCCUUUUCACCUACGGUUCAGUCUCCUGAGGCUGUCCGAAGCACUAAAAGAAGACAGUGCUGAUCCAGAAGGCUGCUGAAGACCUAUAAUUGGGUCAUCCUUCGGUAUUUUGAGGACAUCCCAAGUCGCCAUACGAGGAGCCAUAGAUCAGUGAGCCAGCCGCUAAUGAGAACAGGCGUCUGACAUCCCUGCUUUGUCCACGGCCUCCUAGACCUGCAUUGUCCCUAAAUUGUUUCAGGUAUCCUUGGGGUCUCAGUUUCAGCCCCCAGCCCUGAUGCCCGAUACCCUCCUUCAAGAAAAGACUUUUGGCUAGCUUUGACUAAUCUUACAUGUGCCUUGUGGAUUACUUCUGUUCUCUCUGCUCCAGGUAGACACACUACCUGAUCCCAAAACAAAAGCAUGGAAAAUUUGGAGGGGGGAAGAAACAUGGAAAAGGACACUUUAACUCAUGUGGAGGCUCCGGUGACCCAGGCAAGCGACACGGACCCGGGCACAGCAGCAGGACCGGCAACAGCCCCACCUGAUGUUCAAACUCCACUUGAGGGCGCAAGUAGUGGGGUGAAUGUGGGGCAGGAAAGCCCGGGGCCAGGAGAGAAUGAGGAGAUGGAAAAUAUGUCUGUUCUUAUUUCGAAUCUGAGUGCCGAGGCCGAUGGCCAACGCCCAGAGGUGAGUCCAGUUGAUGCUACAGUGCAGGGUCCUAACACCUUGCGAAAUGCAGGGAGGAAAGGCAGCCGGAAAGGGAGGAAUAGAAAGCAAACUAAGAUUGUGUAUCUCCCCUGGCCUCUGACGCUCCAGACUCGGGCAUCUUCGGCAGCCCCGGUUCUGCGCCGGUCUCAUGUCCUGGGGGCUUUGGCAUCUGCUGUUCCCAGAGACAGCGAGGUAGGUGGAGACAGGGAGCAAGGGGAGGAUGAGGGGAGUGAGAACACAUCGACUCUCACUGAGCCUCAGGUGGAACAUGCUAAUGCCAUAUGGCCAGCUGCAAGUGCAGUCCAGCCCUGUCUUGUGGCACCUCUGGCAGCAGACGAGGGGUUAAACCCAAGGCAGAAAAAUAACCGGAAAGGGAGAAAUAAAAAGAACAAGAAGAUCAUGGCUAGCCCUUGGCCUCUGACAGUACACGCUUGGGCAUCGUACACAAACCUAGCUCAGGCACAUUCAGCUUUGGCAAGGGAUGAAUCACUCGCUGAAAAGGGAGUUGAUGGGGGUCAUCCAAGCCAGGGUCCGGAAGGUGAGGCACGUAAAGUGUCAGCUAAGACUCCUUACCAGAGUACACUGGGGGAGGCCCCAGACUCAGCUGAGGAUCUGGAGCAGGGCUCGUGGGAGAAGAGGGAGUCCCUCUCUGCGGACAGCAUGCGAAAUAGAAGGACGAGCAGACGUGCAGACAGCAAGAGAAAGGAGAAGGGUGUCUUGGCUUGUCCUUGGCCUCUGACAGUACAAGCCUGGGCCUCGUUCAGAGCAGCAGAUGAGGUUCAGACUCAUCUCCAGGGCCGGUCUUCUGCUGCAAGUAGGCGGGUGAAUGUGGGGCAGAAAAAGCAGAUUCAGCCGGAGACUGGUGAGGAGGAAAUAAAGUCCACUCCUCCCGUGAGCAAGGCAGAGCAAGCUCUGGAACCCAGGCAGGACUGGAGAAGCACUGAGAGAUGCCAGGGGGAUCACGACUUCUGGGAAUGCACAGUGAGGAAUUUCGCUAGGCAGACCGACCGUUGCUAUUGUGGGGAGCGCUGCUCAAAAGAGCAGAGGGAGGCUUUGACCUCCACCAAAGCCCACACCCACAUCAGUACUUCAGUGAUGGGAAUGCGGGGACCAGAGAGGGAGAAGGCUGAAACUCAGGGAGUCUGGAUGAGCAAAUGGGGAGGUUUUUGAGACGCAGAGGAAAAAAGAAAGGGACCUAAGGGACCUAAAGAGCACUUUGGGUCCUGGAAGGACCACCGUCUACAUCUGUUGGGAGAAAGCUGUUUAAAAUGCUAUAUCAAGGCUCACUACCCAGCUGGUAAAUUUUUCCAUGGCAUGGUAGCAUCGCAAUUAUUCUCUGGAUGGGCGAUUUCUCUCUGAAAUAAGUUUUAGGUUGCUAGAGAACUGGCAUAACUUCAGGGAAGCAGAAAUGUUUUUUCUCUAUCUUCUUUCCUGUAACAUUCUCAACAUUGCUGGGAGAGGUGUUUCCUAUGGCUGAUAAGCGGAGUUAGAGUUUAGAGGGUAAGCCAGUGACAGAAUGUGUAU